CAAGCACUGGCAAGCCGCAGACAAGCUCGCAAGCCAUCCUGCAGCGGAAAACGCGUCGUUCGGCAGCUCCACAGAUCACCUUAGUUCACUGGACGAGUCGUGCGCACCAAAACCAUGGUUUCCGACGCCCUAGCUGUUGCCUGUGGUGCUGUCUGCGGCGCCCUAGCCCGCCACAACCUCGCACUGAUCGCAACGCAGCACGCACUGGCGCCGUGGCAUAUCGCGGGUAUCAAUACUGUUGGGAGCGGUGUCUUAGGAGCGGUUGCCGCGGCGCCGCUGCCGCCGGCCGCGAAGCUCUGUGUGGGCGUCGGCGCAUGCGGGGCAUUCACCACCUUCUCGACCUUCUCCAUGGACGUCGUCACCAUGAUCGAAGCGGAGCAGUUCGCGAAAGCAGCGGCCUACGUCGGAGUGAACAACGUCGGCAGCGUCGGCGCCGCGCUCGGCUCGUACAAGCUCGCCAAAGGGCUCUACCCGAAGCUCGGCAAGCGCUAGCGCCUGCGGCGCGUCCCCAUGCGCGCCCCUGUGCAUAAGAUAGAUCCUGUG